UCCCUGUUAUCUCCUCUUAUCACGUCCUUAAGCAAUUUUUGCAGAUUUGUGUCACUCGGAAACAGAAUCCAGCGCCGGAAAAUAAGUAGAAAUCUCACAGGCAAGAUCAUUGAUCUCAUUUCCGAAAGGAGAAGAUGAUAUGAUCUCCACUAAGCCUCUAGUGUUGAAACGCUGAAUCUGAUUUCCCCAUAGAACCAAGCAAUUAGUAUUGUAACAAUGACUCGUAUGUUUCUAGCACGACGAUUGGUAACCAGAUGCUUCUCCUCGGUUUCUCCCCGUCCUCUUCACGUCUGCAUCGUUGGUAGUGGACCUGCUGGUUUCUAUACUGCCGACAAGCUAUUGAAGGCACAUGAAGGAGCAACUGUAGAUAUAAUUGAUCGAUUACCAACACCUUUUGGGCUUGUUCGGUCCGGUGUUGCGCCUGAUCAUCCUGAAACUAAGAUUGCCAUUAACCAGUUCUCGCGCGUGGCGCGACACGAGCGUUGCUCAUUUUAUGGGAAUGUGAAGCUUGGUUCUGAUUUAUUACUUUCUGAGCUGCGGGAUUUGUAUCAUGUGGUUGUACUUGCAUAUGGUGCUGAAAGUGACAAAGAUCUUGGCAUUCCAGGUGAGAGUUUGUCUGGUGUAUACUCUGCAAGAGAAUUCGUCUGGUGGUAUAAUGGUCAUCCCGACUACAGCAGUUUUAAACCUGACUUGCAAAGCUCUGACACAGCUGUUAUUCUUGGACAGGGUAAUGUAGCUCUAGAUGUUGCUCGGAUUCUCUUAAGACCGACAACAGAGUUGGCGUCAACUGAUAUUGCUAGCCACGCUUUAUCUGCGCUGGAAGAAAGUUCUAUAAGGAAGGUGUAUCUUAUCGGAAGACGGGGGCCAGUUCAAGCAGCAUUGACUACUAAAGAGCUUCGAGAAGUUCUAGGGAUUAAGAACUUGCACAUUCGAAUAAAGGAAACUGACUUGAGUGUAACUCCUGCUGAUGAGGAAGAAAUGAAAAGCAUUAGAGCCAGGAAGAAGAAGAAGAUCUAUGAAUUACUGUCAAAGGCUGCAGCAGCAGCAACAAGAACAUCCGAAGCAGACCGUGAUCAACGAGAGCUCCACUUUGUUUUCUUCCGCCAACCUGACCGGUUCUUAGAGUCAGAUGAAAGGAAGGGACAUGUUUCGGGUGUAAACUUGGAGAAAACCAUUCUUGAAAGUGUUGGAAGCGGAAAGCAAAUUGCAGUUGGUACAGGAGAGUUUGAGGAUCUGAACUGCAGUAUGGUGCUGAAAGCCAUUGGUUACAAGUCGGUUCCAAUCAACGGUGUACCCUUUGAUCACAAGAAAGGUAUUGUCCCGAAUGUAAAUGGUCGAGUAAUUAGUCACACUUCAGGAGGCAUAUCAAAGACAGAGCCAGGCUUGUACGUAUGUGGAUGGCUCAAAAGAGGACCAGAAGGCAUAAUUGCUACUAACCUUAUCUGUGCCGAAGAAACAGUUGGUAGCAUAAGGGAAGAUAUUGAAGAAGAAGAUGGUAUUUGUAAGAGCGAAAAAGAAGGAAGCAAAGGACUGUUGCAGUUGCUAAAGGAGAGAAAGGUGAAGAAGGUAGAUUUUAGUGGGUGGGAGAAAAUUGAUGCCAAAGAAAAACAAAUGGGGAGUGAGAUAAAUAAACCCAGAGAAAAGUUGGUAACAUGGGAGGAUCUUUUAGCAGCAGCAACCAACUAGGACUACGAAUUCAGUUUAUAUAGUUAGACCUUGUUCCUUUGCUCAUUUAUCAUUUGCCGAUGAUCCAUUUAAUUAAUUUAUUUAAAUAAUUCAUCUGAAUAAUGUUUAUUUCUAUUUUGGAUUAUUCAUUUGGAUGAUACAUGUCAA